ACUCAUCUUUUGUUGCUUAAUUUCCACCAAUUCCUCCAAAUCCCUAAACUUUCCCCAAUCUCAAAUUUCUUCAAACUCUAGAAAUUUCGAGUUGGAAAAAAGAAUCUCUAGGAAAUUUUUGCUCCCAAAUCGAAAUUCACCGACGAAUCUCCCCGAUCUCCACUACGGCAGAAAAACUACACGAGACAAUUGUGAAUCGAAUGCCAUGGAGGUGGAGGCGCGUGAGGAGACGAUUCCGCCCCCUCCACCUGUAGAUUUCCCAGCACCUGCUCCGCUCCCAGCAUCCGAUCCCAAUCAGAAGACGGUCAGGAAGCCAACUCGGCAAUGGGCGGCAUGGACACGCCAAGAGGAACAAAAUUUUUUCAAUGCUCUGCGGCAAGUAGGAAAAAAUUUUGAGAAGAUUACACUCCGUGUCCAGAGCAAGAACAAGGAUCAGGUCAGACAUUAUUACUAUCGUCUUGUUCGACGCAUGAAGAAGCUUCUUGGUCCUGAAUUCUCACUUGAUGCAAAAAAUUCCAAGGACACCAUUGCUGCUAUGCUCCGCUGGUGGUCUCUGCUUGAAAAAUUUAGCUGCAGUGCAUCAAAACUACAUCUGAAGCCUCGGAGAUUCAAAACUUUUGUAGAAGCAUUGGGAAAUCAACUGUUAAAGGAUAGAAAUAAAACCAGAAGAAAGUGUCCACGUGGGGAUGUGUGCCUGUCUUCUUCAUCUUCGGUUCUCAACAGGACUCCUGGAAAUGAAUCUUUCUCAGUAAAAUUCUUGCCUGUAGAUGUCUCCAAUGGUAGCAAAGUAGCAUCUUCUAAAGGGGCAUUUUUCAAGAAGGUUGCAGAAUCAAAUUGCAAUAACAAGUCCGGAGCAACUAAAGGGGACCUCUCUGCCACAAGAACUGUGAAACAGAAAAGAAGAGCAGGUGGCGGUGUUGCAUCUGCUGCAUACAAAAAAUGGGAGAGAGCUGCCAUGGCUGGUGUUUCUUUAGUUGCUGAUGCAGCUGAGGAGCUCGAGCGCAACACAGUGAGUGUUGAUGCAAGAAUGUUAUCUCCAUCAUCAAGCAAUGUUUGUACCGCUGAUGAUCAUAUAAAGGAAGCACUCAGUCAAAAUCAUAUAAAGGAAGCAGAUCAACAAGCACCUGCAAAGCUGAAGUUGCAGCUAUUUCCAAUAAAUGAUGCUACACGAAAGGCAUUAGAGAAGGGCGAACAUAAUCCACAUCUGGAACUCACAUUAAGUGCUAGGAAGAAAAUAUCAUCUGUACUAGAACACCUGAACCGCAAGUGGGGUAACUCAAGCAUUGCAUCUGGAGAACUUUUGCUUUUUCCAUAUUGUGCUCAUCAAGAAGAUUUAGCUACAUAUCAGAGGUGGACCACAAAAGAUAAUGUCGCGGUGGCUGACGUUUUUCUUUCUGUGAAUAGCCCAUCUGUUUUUCGAUUAAGGUAUGGUUGGUUUUCCCUUGCUGAGCUUGAAGCAGGGGUAAGUGAAAUAUCUUUGACUCAUUUUGAGAACUGCUUGAUACCUGAAGACAUCCAUGCCAAAUCUCCCUCAGAGGCUUGUGUGCAAAAGGAUGGUACUUCACUCGGUAGUUGUGUUCGUGAGCAACACCCUUGUAAUUCAAAAGAUCAGUCGGCAUUAUUGCUUGCUAUGUCAUCAAGUACAGGCAAGAGUGCUGAGGUGCCAGAGCAGAGCACUGAUGUUACCUCCUCACAGCUUGGCAGGCAGAAGCAUGACCAAGUUACCACAAACCAAGUUUUCGAGGCUGAUCCAGGGAUGGACUGUACUGCAGUAUCUGAAGGAGAGUGGGCAGAUACCCUUACUGAUAUCAGUGUUGGAUACUUACUGACAGAAGCAUCCAGAGGUGCUAAUACAGAUUGUCCAGGGACAUCUAUUGCCAAAAAUGCUUUGUUUCUUGAGAAUCCCUGCAGCUAUGAUUCUUUCGAUGCUGCUGUUGCUCUUCAUGCUUCUCGUUAUAAAGCAGCAGAGCAGCCAGCCCUUGCAUCCCAUUCGACCAUCUGGGGAGCUGAAGAAACUUGUGAUGAGUUCAGUUUUAGCGUAGCUUCAUCUAGGAAGCAAGAAGGUUCAAACAAUUCAGCUAGCAGCUCUCCUGAUAGUGACUGCGAUGUUCAUCCUUCAAACUCAGAAGGGUUUCAAGGUUUUCUUCAGGACUUAGCUGGAGCAGAUGUUGCUGAUAAUCCUUGUAUUGACGAUGCCAAAGAUUUAGAGGCACUUUGUGCCGAAUCACCACCUCGAAGUGACAACGAUUCUACUUUGAAGGAUCAAUCGCUAGCUGACUUAUACUGGCCUGAUUCACUUGGACCAUUGGACUUAGAGAUACCGUCGGCGACAUACCAUGCUGAUGACUUACUCUUAGGGGACAGUCAGAAUAGUUGGAACCGCAUAAUGGCGAAUAGCCUGGAUGCGUUUCGAAACCUGUCAUUCUUCACGACGGAGAAGAAUGACUCAAUCCCAUCCAUCAUGUAGAGCUCUGAAUGCUGGGCUAUGUUCAUCGCUUGCGUGUUGAUCGCUACGUUGGCUAGGAAGGUCUAUUGCCAACGAUGCUAUGCAUCUCGCUGAAGAGGAGGCGGCUUUUGUAUUGUCCAAGUGAGCUGUUUGUGGCUAGAUCCAACAGCUGCGGACUUGCUGUGCGUUUGCAGUCAAGAGGGACGCAUGUUGUUGUAAGGUAACAUAAGAGCUGUUCUAACAUGUAUCUCGUGUAAAUUGUGGUGUUCUUGUACAAAAAGCUCACACAAUCGCUUGGUUACAAUAAAGCUUCUCCUGCCGUGUAUCAGAUCAA